UUUCGGCUUUUCCGACCAAUUUCCUCGCUCAGUUCCUCGUCGUAGUUCAUAGCGUUUGGUUGGUAGUCGCAGCGCACUGCAAAAUCCGAUUCAGUUUUGGCCAGAAGAAGUGUCUCUGGCUAGAACAAGAAGAGGAGAACUUUGAAAACGGGCGCGAACAAGUGAGCAGCAGCCGAGUGAAGUAGCCAGCCGAGCCAAAGGAGAGUGCAAAUGAAAAAGUGAAAACAAAUUGUUUAAAUUAAAGAUUCAAACCAAAAAGCGAAAUACAGAACGUGAAUCAAUCAGUUGAAAUAAAUUGUGGAACUGGCAUGACGGAUAUCCGACUGAGAUUGCAAAUUUACGAAAAGUUGAAUCGAGAAGGAUAAACUUUCGGUUCGGACCGCUAUGCACAGGACCCGUGCGGGUCCGCCGACCGAGUGCGGCCACAGAUAGAAUACACAGAUACAUUCGCCAGAUACUAGAUACCAGAUACCAGCUAUCCAGAUACAAGCACAUUCACACAAAUAUCUAGUGGAUUUGAACAUGUGCCAAAAGUGCGGGCUGCUUGGAGCUGAUUCUGGUAUAACCGCGACGAGGGCGACGAUGCUGCUUGAUUUUGGCCAAGUUAAAUAAACAAGCCAAUCCACAGCGCACACACCCACACCCACACCGACAGCCACUCACAUUCACAAUCUCCCCGCACACGCCACACACUCACACAGAUACUCAAUACCAAUACAAAUAGCACACUCAAUCACAAACACAAAAACAAAUAGUUUCCGGGCGAAAGGAAAAACUCGAAAUGGCCGCGCCCAUCGACGAGAGUGUGCUGAAUGCACUGCGGGGCGUCACCUCCGCCCACACCCGGCUGCCCAAGCCGCUCCUCAUCAAGAUCUAUGUGGCCAGCCUGAAGCAUGAGUUCAACCAGGAGCGCCGCAUGCUCCUGGAGCUUGUGGGCCCGGAGCUGCAGACCCUCUACGAUGAUCGUCAAAUCGAGCUGGAAUUCGUUGACAUGCACUUUGGCACUGGCUGCCUGGAGGUGAAUCAGCUGGAGCGGGAUCCCUAUAUGAUUCAUGACUAUCUCCAUGAGAUUGACAUCUGCCAUGCCCACACAAAGAGUGUAUUCUUUAUGGCACUUGUGGGCGAUGGCAUCGGUCGUCUGCCUCUGCCAACCCACCUGGACGAGGACAUCUUUAGCGCCAUCCUGGCAGAUCCUCAGACAACAGCGGAUCUCGAAGCCCUCUUGGUUAAAUGGUAUGAAAAGGAUGCCACGGAAGGAAAAAAGCAGCUCAAGCAGGAUUAUCGACUGCUUCCCGCGGAUUCUUGGCUAAAUGAAUCGCAGCAAAUGCAAAAUUUAUUGGAGCGAGUUUUUCAAUCAAUGGUCCAGGCCAGUGCAGGACACGCUGCGGAGUUUGUUCAAAGGAUCCAGGAACUGCGACGCACUCAGAUUGAAAGGGAAGUUAAGCAGGCCAUGGCCCUGUCCAGUGAGAAAAUCCUGGCAGUUUUUCGCGAAAGAGCUGCCCAGAGCAGCAAAAAGGAUGUAGAGGCCGGCGAACGUUUGCGAAAAAUCAAGGACGAGCUCACCAUGAACCUAUCCACUGAUAAUCACACGACUCUGGUAGUACCUGGCAGUGCUGCCUGCGAGGCAAUUGAUCCGGAUAAUGAGGACCACGAGUCGUAUUUGAGCAAGUUCAAGAACAAAGUCACCGACAAACUGCGCCUCCUAAUCGAGGCCCACAUAACCAAUGAUCCCGACGUAAUCAAGGGGAGGAAAAAGACUGUGCAGGAAAUAUUUCACGAGCAUGCCACCCACCUGCGCAUCCUGCGGGAACAUACCGAAAAUGCCGCGUUGCUGGAGUCGCGAGUGCCUCAACAGCUCCGCCAGAAUCUAAUGGCCAACUUCCGGAACGGCAGCCGGCAUGCUCCGUACUUUGUUUGCGGAUCGGACGGCAGUGGCAAGAGUGCCAUCAUCAGCCAGCUGUACGGGCAGGUUAGCAGCUGGUUUGGGGCAUCCACACGCGUCCAUCGGAUGAUCCGAUUCGCCAAGGCCUCUCCGAGAUCCGCCUACAAUCUGGAACUCCUGCGAGUGGUGUGCCAGCAGAUCUCCAUUAUUUUCAACAUCCCGGAAGGAUAUCUGCCCAAGGAUGCCUCCUUCGAUCCGCUGUAUAUCAACACCUGGUUCCAGAACCUCUUGCGGCGCAUCGAGGACAUGGGCAACGACGUGCUCUUCCUGUUCAUCGACGACCUGCAUUUGCUCAACCCGCUGGACUGCGACAUUGUGACAGCUCUCUCCUGGCUGCCCACGUCCCUGCCCUGGAACGUCCAGAUCAUUUGCAGCUCCACCACGCCCGUCGAGCAGCUCAAGUUCACGCCCAUGCAGCGGGAUCGCUUCAAGUCCGGGGAAUACCAGUUCGACAUUAAUCGGGGCGACUACUCCAGCCGCCUCAAGAUUCCUCCCCAAUGCAUUCCCGGAGAGGUGAGCUUCAGCCUGUACGUGGAGCAGCAGUUCGACCAGCUGGAACGGCACUACGGACGCCAGGCCGUGGGCAGUCUGGCGGCGUACAUCACCUGCUCCGAGUAUGGCCUCACCGAGACAGAGCUCCUGGAGCUGCACAUGCCAACCGACGACCCGGAGACGCUCAUCGAAACCAAGGCAGGGCACUUCAGCUUUGCAACUUUCAAGAAAAUUCAUCGGGAAAUGGACCUACUGCUCCUGCUACACGACAAGAUCAUGUCCGGCAAGGUGCUGAUCCAGUGGCGCCACAACUACUGUGCCACAGUGGCCAAACGGCGCUACAUGGAUGCCCAAAGAACGCGCAGCCUGCACAGCGAACUGGCCAACUUGUUCUUCCCGCAGGACGAGGACGAAAGCACCCUGGAGAACGAGUCCAAGUGCAGUGAAACCAAGUCGGUGAUCAGCAUGAGGGAGAAAGACUCCCUGUCGGCCGUAUCGGCGGCUUCGGCCGGUCGCAAGUCCUCAUCCACGCACCACAAUGACGACACCUCCACCUUCUACAAUCCCAUUGCCGCGGACGUCAGCUACAGCAUGCGGCAUGUGGAGGAGAGCUGGCAUCACCUGAUGCGAUCCGAUGACACCACCCGGUUCAAGCAGAUCGCUGUCUGCAAUUUUGACUUCCUGCUGGCGGCGGUCCAAACCGUAUCCAUUAGCUACUUACGCUGUUUGAUCGAACACGUCCGCUGCUAUGUCCUGGACAGGGACAUCGAGCUGAUCUACUACACGAUCAGGAAGUCGAGUGAUGUCCUCACCCGAGACCCCAUGCAACUGGGCUCCCAGCUGAUAUCCUGGCUGCGUCCGAUCGGCGAGCACGACGACGACGACAACUCCCUGCUGAGCAUGACGGUCCGCUCGGCCACCGCCUGGUGUGAUGGGUAUGCGGUACCGUUACUCGUCCCGCUCACCGGCUGGCUGCCCGUGCCGCUGCCCUCACAGAUCCGCACCAUGACCGUCACCGGGACGGGAGUCAUUCGAGACGUAUGCCUGGCCCCCUCGAAGCAGCAUCUCAUCCUGGCCACCAACUCCGGCGACGUGCAACAGUGGCACAUUAUGAGCAAUUCGCUGGAGCACACGUUCAAGGGACAUACUGCGGCAGUCACGUGCCUUCUGGUGGCGCCGCAACCGGAGCAGGAGUUGCUGCUGACCGGCUCCGAGGAUAACAGCGUACUCGUGUGGCACGUCUCACUCCGCGAGCGUCUGGGGCACAUUAACGCCCACACAGCUCCCAUUACCGGCGUGGCAGCUGGCGUCAAUAACACACUCAUCAUAAGCAGCAGCGAGGAUGCAACAAUUGCCAUUACGGACCUGGCCAGUGGAAAAUUGAGACAUCGCAUAACCUACCAUCGAGGUCCUGUGACUGGCAUCCUGGUGGCCGGAGCCUGUGAUGUCCUCAUCUCGGGCAGUCACGACAGGAGCAUUUGUGUCUGGAACCUGGAGAACUUCAGCCUACUGAAUACCAUGCACAUGUCGAGUCCAGUGCUUCGCAUUGACAUUUCCUGGAAUUCGGUCUUCCUUUUGGCAUUGUGCGAGGAUAAUGCCCUUUAUGUUCGCACACUGGCAACUGGCAAGGAGCUGCACACUCUGAAAGGACACAAGUCAAAGAUUCGAACCAUUUCGAUUGGCAAGGAUAGUCAGCGGUGUGUGGUGGGCUGCGAGGAUACCCGGGCCCUUAUCUACGACAUGCACUCCGGGAAACUGGUGCGAUCGAUGCCGCCUAAUCCCGGACCCGUGACCGCCGUCCACGCCAUGGACAAUGAUGACUUCCUGGUCACGGUGGGUGGCAACAAGAUUACCUUCUACUCGUUCCGCAACGAGGAGCUCUACUUGAAUCCCUACUCGCGGCAUCCGAAGAGGAAGCGCAGCCUGAAGAGGCACGCCCAGGCACAGAGGUCGCCCUCGACGACCCUGCCGCCCAUUACCUGCUUCGACUUGUCCAGGGACUCCCAGCAAAUGGCCAUCGCCUCCGGACGGAGUGUCCACCUGAUGCGCAUCAAUACGCCGGAGUACCAAUGCACCCUAGAUGGCCACACGGCCGGCGUGUCCUGCCUGAAGUUCGCUCCCAACGGGGAGUUCCUGGCCACCGGCUCCGAGGACCGCUUGGUGCUCAUCUGGAACAUGGCCUUGGGCGAGAUCAGCAAUACGUUCAAAGGACAUGUCGCUCCGGUGGUGAAGGUGGUGGUCCUGAUGGAUUCCCUGCGAGUCAUCUCCACGGAUCGUGACUCGCUGCUGCUGGUUUGGAUGGCCGAUUCCGGCAACCUGCUGCAGACCAUCCAAGGACCCUACAAAACCCUGGCCGUCACCAACAACAUGCGCUUUGCCGCCUCCACCAACGGGGACAACACCCUCAAGAUCUGGUCCCUCACCCAGGAGGACGAGAAGUACUCCGUCUCGCACUCGGACGAGAUCACCUGCUUCGAGAUCAGUGCGGAUAGUGCCCACAUCAUCACAGGAUCCAGGGAUAUGUCUCUAAAGGUGUGGCAGGCAACGGGCGGCAAGCUCAGCCAGGUCCUGGUGGGCCACAGCGAUGCGGUGACCUGCGUGGCCGUCUCGGUGACCAACAAGACCCAGGUCCUGUCUGGCUCCAAGGACACGAAUCUCAUACUCUGGGAUCUGCUGACCGGCGAAGAGGUUCACACACUAGCCGGGCAUUUGGGUCCGGUUAUUGGCGUCAAGGUGUCAGCGGAUGGAUCUACGGCCGUCUCGGGCAGCGAUGACAAGACCCUGAUUGUUUGGGAAACAAAGCGCGGUCUGGCCCUGACCUCCCUGCAAAUGCAUGUGCCCUUCACCCAUUUCGACAUAAGCCUGGAGGUAUCUCGGGUCCUGGUCCAGCUGGUGGACAGCUACAAUCUUCCCGUGAUCUGCUUGCACAACACUCCGGCGCAAUAUGUUAAGCUGCCGACGUAUUCGGGUCCCAGCAAGGAUGUGGAGGAUCUACGUCCUCAAGGACCCAAAAGGCAAAUGAAGAGACUGCUGAAGAAGGAGGUCUCCCUGGACACGUACACCUGGCAGAAGAAGUACGGCCACCUGACCUCCUCCGUGAUGAUGGCCCAGGUGGAUGAGCGACUGAAGCGACGAUUCAGUGUCUCGGCCAGCAUGGAGGAGAUCUCGAAGAUAGCCGAGACCAAGACGGGAGCCUCGCAGGCCAACCUGGGUCCGGAGCAGGCGGCCCUGGCCCAAUCCCAGCACUUCGACCAGCUGGAGGCGCUCUGGAACAAGAGAUCUCCGCCGCGACGACGUCACAAUGCGGGUCUUUCGCGGCAAACCUCGCUGGUGGAGGACCGACUCGAGUCCUCGGACGACGACGAGUACCAGGACGAGCGCGCAGCCAAUUAUUUUUGGUCAAAUGGUCCGUGAGAAGCUGAAACCAGGUAAGUGCACUGACAGAAACUCCUUUUGCCAGAAAAAAAUGCAAAAAUAUGAUAUGAAAAUUGUCUCAAAUGUGUUGGAAAAUAUUUCAAUGUAUAAUGGAAUUUGAAGGUUUGGUGAUUUUUUAAUUACAUUUCGGUUUGUGGUGCGUUCCUGGAGAGCCAUCAUCGCUCGGUUUCCAUUUUAAUGGAUUCCGCGCCAAUGGAGGCAUUAUGAAAAUAAAGUGCUCAUCCCGUCCGGGCUAGCAAUUGGCCAGUGCAAUGGCGAAACUGCAAUCAAUAAAUUUGCAGCGCGAUUAACUCGAUAAGCAAACAAAAGUCCAGCUCCAGUCCAGCUCGGUAAUGAAUUGAGCGAAUUAAAAGCAAUCAAUUGGCUGCCAGUGAGCAUCCCGGGGGCGCGAGGUCAGGGAUCAGGAGUCGGUAUACAGUAUACCACCAGUCCAGUGAGGUAAGCAGCUCGUUCUCCCAGCUCUAUUCUAAGUUCAGGCAUGUUUUGCUCUCACAGGACAUCGAAAAGGAUAAAGGGCCAAGCUGUUACUGGAGCCUAAAUUGUAAAAUGUUACCUGCUUUCGUUCUCUUAACAUAUAAACUUUAUAUGUAUUUUUUCAAAUCUGCCUAUAUAUAUAUAUUUCUCUUUUAACUCUCUCUCUCUCGAUGUGUACCUAUAUCCUUUUUGUAUAUUUAAGUACUCGUUCCGUUUUUAAAGUUGUUGUCGAAUUGGCAAAUGCCAUGCUGUUUUUGGCCCCGAUUCUGCUGCUAAUUGAAAUUUGAAAUGAAAAUGAAGUUCCCAUUUUCCAUUCCAAUUAUCCACCACAACUACUACCAAAUCAAUCAACCAACCAACCAACCAACAGCCACCGCCCACAGUUCGAAAACCAGUUCCCGCAGCUCAUUGCUCCCAUAAACCAAUGCAACUGCAACUGCAACCAGAAACUGCAGCAACAGCAGCAACAGCGGCAACAGCAACAUGAAUAAAUAUUAACCAAUAAUCACAAAGAAUAACCUAAAACCGAAUAUCUGAUAGAUUCCCCAAUCGAUUGGCAUGAUAAUAGAUUGUAUCUCCUGUCUCGGAGCACAGUAUUUCCUCAAUAAGAGCACUCUCCAAAAAAAUAUAUAGAAUGUAAUCACAGUACGGCACCCCUAAAUUGACUUACUCCCAAUCUGGCAAACUUUGACAAGCUAUUUGAAUAUCUGAUUCUUGUGUAUCGUUUCUAGACGAAUUCGACGAUUUCUUUCAGUGGGGCUAAGACCAUAUAUUAUCAGUUAGGGCUUACAAUUAGAGAAAAACACAUAAAUACCUUUCGAAUAUGUAUACAGGCAUACCUCAAGUGCAAAUGCUGAAAGACAAGACACACUUUUGAAAAUUCUACAUGCAACUACUUAGAAUAAAAGCGACAUAUAUAUAUGUUUAUAACCAAAAUAAAUAACACAGAGAGAGAGACCUACCACCCACCCACCAGACUCCAGAAGUGCACCAACCAGAGGCAGCCAGGAUGCAGUCAAGUAAGUAAGUAAUCAGGUAUGAGAACUUUGUAUCCUUUUUAGCCAAGCCAUUAGAGCCAGUUAGUGCUUAAGCAGGCUGCUAGCUUCAGUUUUGAUGUGUCUCGUGCAAGUACAAAACAUUUAUUUUCGGCAAUUUCUCUUAGAGAACUAGAUGCGAAAUGUAGAUGCCAGCCACGUAUAUAUAGUUUAGUAAUUCGGUGUCAUGUGGCAUGGUCUAGUGACACAAACACACAAAAACACUCAAUAUCUAUCCACAUAGACACUCUCAGACUCUGAAGCAACAACAUGGCAACAAUUUUAAAUGAAAUUCCGGAUUUUUGUGUCGAUUUAUGCAGAUCAUUUCGCUUCAGGAGGAGGAGGAUACCACAAAGGAUAAGCCCUGAGGCAAUCCAGCAAUUAAACGGAGUAUCUAUCCAAAAUGGCAAGCAAUAAAUGGGCAGUAAGGCGUAGCGUAACAAUUAAACCCAUUUCCCAUACACUAUAUACCCAUAUCGAGCUUGGCUGCUGGGUAAUCUCGCCCAUUUCUGUGUGUAGUUUAGAAACCCGAAUCUCCCUUCUAGAAACCAAAGACAAAAAAAAGAAAAAACAUAACUUAGUUAAAUCUGAUAAACCACCGUCUCAGACUUUGUAGGAAUUAUAGGAGUUAAGAGAGAGAGAGCCAAUUUAGAAAUUUUAUUGUUGUAGAGUGUUUUGUGUAUUAAAUGUUGAUUGUAUUGACACAAAAAUGCAAACUUAGAAUCAGUUCGAGAUGAGAAAUGCAAAUACACAACUCUCUGAGGGGCUAAAAGCGUAACUAUGCUUAAAACAACAAGACACUGACACUAGCACACAAGACACAAAAGAUGAAACACAAAAACCUAAAAAACUAAAAUUAAUACUUAAGAAAAUGUGUAUAUAUUAAGGUCCCGUCUAAGUCCCAUCCACUUGCGCUGUAGAAUUAGUAUUAUAAUAACCCGGACCUCAUUUCUGGACGCACUUUUUCGGGUCACGCGGGCUUGCACUUCCCUCGGAUGUAAUUUCAAUAACUUUCUGACAAUCAGAGGUUCUUGCCUGGAACGAAAAACCUAAAAAAAAAACAUACACUCAAAAAAAUAAAUACAAAAAAAAUGAUAUUUCUACACUGGAUAUUUCAAAAUGCAUGCCACAAGUGAAACUUUGUUAAACUAAGCAAUUAAUGUCUAUGUAGUGUAGUGUACUUAGUCGCCACCACUGUAGCUGAAAACCACGAGCAUCUCCCGAGGAACUAUGCAUCUGGAAGCCAGGAUAAGGACACGGCACGAAAGGAUAGCACAGGCUAAGACGGAAGUAUAACCGGAUACGGAUAUGGUUACUUAAUGCAUAAACAGCUAAAUGUACACCCUGUCUAUGUCUAUUAAAACGAAAUUAAAUUCAACUUUAUUGCAGAAACAGCAAAACCCA